AUGGAAUUAUCUCAGAAUUCUCAAAUAUCAAGCAAUGAAAAAACAAAAGGAUUUGAUUUAUCAACUGGCAAAACAUGGAUUUAUCCAGAAAAUUAUCCUAUUAGAGAUUAUCAGUUCAAUAUAGUUCAAGCUUGUUUAUACAAUAACACAUUAGUUUGUUUACCCACUGGACUCGGUAAAACAUUUAUUGCUGCAGUUCUAAUGUACAAUUUUUGGAGAUGGUAUCCAUGUGGAAAAGUUAUAUUUUUAGCGCCAACCAAACCAUUGGUUGCUCAGCAAAUUUUUGCUUGUCAUAAUACAAUGGGUAUACCUAGUUCUGAAAGUAUUGAACUUACAGGAGCAGUUAGCCACAAACAACGUGAAAUAGCAUGGUCCAAAAAAAGAGUAAUAUUUGCUACUCCCCAAGUAUUUUAUAAUGAUUUAGUUAAAAAUGUUGUACCCAGUGAUUUGGUAAAAUGUGUAGUUAUAGAUGAAGCACAUAAAGCAUUAGGGAAACAUUCUUAUUGUGAGUGUAUUCGAAUAUUAAAUGAAAAGAAUCAAACAUUCAGAGUGCUAGCCCUUUCUGCUACACCAGGAAACAAAAUUGACAAUGUUCAUGAGGUGCUACAAAAUUUAUUAAUUGCUCAUGUUGAAUUAAGGGAUGAAACUUCCUUGGAUAUCGUACCACAUAUUAAUAAUAGAAAAAUUGAUAUAAUUUUAGUACCACUUAAUAACAAACUAACCGAAUACAAAGAGAGAUAUAUCUUCAUCAUGGAUCGUCAUGUUAAAAUUUUACUUCAAUAUCAUGUUCUUUCUGGUCAUACGGCAAAUAUCUCAAAAGGACGGGUGUUCCAUUUAUUAAAGGAAUAUCAAAAGAAGACAAAUAAGUCAGGAAAUUAUGGACAAAUUAUAAGAACAUUAAACAUAUUAAUGACAAUGUAUCAUGCUUAUGAACUUAUGAUUAGAGAUGGGCUUAGAGCAUUUCUUAAAUUCUAUCAAAAUCAUUCUGAUAAAUUUUGGAUGAACGAAGAACCACAAUUACAAACAUUACUUGAAGAUAUUAAAUUGUAUCUUGGUCCAUUUCCAGAUAUAAAAACUUCAUGUGAAGAAGAACUAGUAGAAAUAUCGCAAGAUCUUAUAUUUGGACAUACGAAAUUUGAUAAGUUAAAAGAAUUACUUUUGUAUCAUUUUAAAAAUAGUCAAGAAAAACAAAGCGAUACACGAGCUAUAGUCUUUGUUGAGUAUCGUGAUAUUGUAAGUGAAAUUUAUAUUUUAUUAUUACAAUGUCAACCGUUAAUUAGACCACAAAUGUUUGUUGGUAAAACUGGACAGAAACAAAAGCAACAAAUAAAAGCAUUAGAGAAGUUUAGAAAUAAUGAUGUUAAUGUUCUUGUAUCUACAAGUAUAGGAGAAGAAGGAUUAGAUGUUGGAGAAGUAGAUUUAAUAAUAUGUUUCGAUGUAUCUCAACAUUCACCUAUACGGUUAGUUCAAAGAAUGGGAAGAACGGGCCGAAAACGUGAUGGGCACAUAAUUAUUCUUGUUACAGAUGGAAGAGAACAUGAGACAUUAAAAUCUACAAUGGCUAGAAGAGAUUCUUUAAAUUAUAAGAUAUUAAAUACGAGUAACAUUUUUUCUUCGCUUUACAAAGAUAAUCCUCGUAUGAUUCCUGAUAUUUUCACACCGGAAUGUCUAAAAAUGCAUAUUAGCGUACAAGAAAAAGAUCCGGUUGAAAAAUAUAAAAAUGACAAAGGAAAAUCAAAUAAAAAGGAAAAAGGGUUUCAUAAUAUUUUAAAAAAAAUCAGUAAUAUAGAUUCUGCUUUCAAAUCCCAAAAGGAUGGAACUAAAUUCUCAAUAGUGAAAUAUUUCAAAGUUGAUCAAAAUAAACAAGACACAAUGACUAAUUUUGAAGUAGUUAAUUCCGAAGUAAUUCAGAAUAAUGGCAUUUGUAAUACUAUAAAAUUAUCAGAUGUGAAAAUUCUUUCUUGCGACAAUGAUGCCGUUGAUUUUCUUACGACAUGCGCUUUAAAAAUUUCUGCAAAAGAAGAAAAUACAUUGAACAAGUAUAAAAUUGAUAAAUCUUAUAUACCUAGGUUUCCUUCGAUUAAAAAUGUUUUUAAUUUUUCAAUACCUGACACUAAAAUUCUUGAUUGUCUAAUCACAUUGAAUAUCAUUCCACUUAAUUUAAAUAACAAUAAGGUAAAUAAUGAUAAUGAAAAUGACAACAAGGACGAUUUGUAUAAUAAUGAAUAUGUAUUUGAGAACACAAUGGAAGAAAUCAUUGACACGUAUCAACAAUCGUCUUCUAAAUUCGAAGAUUUACUAGACGAUAGUAGUAAAUCGAAUGUAAGUGACCUAUCGGAUAUUGAAGAAAAGAAGUUCGACAUCAACACUGCUUGUCCUGUUCGUGCUUUUCAUCAUGACACAGAAAACGAAGUAUUAAAAUCAGUCGAAACAAGAAAUAAAAUUAACAUGACACAAAGUUUGAAACCUGGUAAAUUUGAAGAUAUAUUAAAUGAAACGUCUGAUGAUUCUGAAAUUAGUAAUAAUGAAAAUUUUGAGCAAAGCUGGACAAAAAAUAUUAAUAUCGAUAACAAUAUACAAAUCAAAAAUUCCCCCAAUAUUGUAAGAUUAGAUGAUCAUAGUAAAUCAGAAUCUGGUGCACAUUUGCAACAAACGAUUGAAAUGAAUAAAUUUUUUUUUAUUCCGAAUCAGCAAUGUAAACAUAACGUUGAAAACUAUAAAGAAAUAUGUAAAAGUACUUACCCGUCGAAAUUUAAUAAAUCUAAAGCCGAACAUAUCCUUAGUAUAACGCAAGCAAUUGAUGAAAUAGCCCGACUAAAUUCAAAUUCAAUCGCUACGAAGGCGCACGAUGAAUCCGAAGAUGAUAUAUUUAAAGAUGAAAAUUUUUUGCUACAGAUUGAUAAUCAAUUAAAAUUUGAUCAAGAAAUAGGUAAUUCAACUAAUUAUACAGAUGAAAAGAAUUUUAAUGUAAUGAAGAAUUCAAACGAUAAGAAAAAUGAGAUUGAUACAGAAUUAAAAAUAGAAGAAUGCGAAUGGGACGAUGAUUUUCAAGUUUCGAUUGAUACCGUGCAAGAUUGUAUGAAAUUUAACACAUUUGAAGAAGAGCGCAAGAGUCAGAAAUUAGUAGGAACUACAACCAAUAUGAAAACACAUUUUUCAGAUAAUGAAGAAUGGAUUUCCGUUAAAGAUAUUUCAAAGCAGAAUACAUCUCAUACGAGUAUAGCAAAAAAAUUAGCAAAUGUAAAAAAAUAUUGGAACUCGAAACAUGAUUCUUUCGAAAAGUAUUCCACAAAUAAAAAUAAUUCCAUGAUCGAUAAUCAACUUACAAAUGCAAAAGAAGAAAAAUGUGCCUACUUUUUCGAUAAAUCAAAUAAUAAAAAGAAAUAUGAAAGUUUGGAGAAAAGAACAAAGUACUUUCGGAAACAUAAUUAUGAUCGAAAGUUGAAAAAAGUGAAAAACGAAUUUAUAUGUGACGAGGCAGAAGUUUCUUCAAAUAACGAUAGCACGGAUGAGAAUUCUGAGACCGACAAUGAUCUUGAAGGUUUUGUCAGUUAUACGCAAAAUAUACACGAUGCAUCCCACAUGCAUGCUUAUUAUUUACAAUCCAUUAAGAGCCCGAUGAAAAAACAGGAUGAUAUUCUUUUUAAAAGACAGCAUACAUUUGAUUCCCGUAUAGAAAUAUAUUCUCAACCUGUAACUCAAAUAGAUGAAUCCUAUAUAAACGAUUCAUUUUGCAUAGCAGCAGCUGAAAGUAUCAAUCAAGAAAUUACUGAAGAUGAAGAGUUAUCUGAACUAGAAAAAGCAGAGCUAAAACUUGAAAAACGAAAACGCAAACGUAAACGCAUACGCGAAAAAGAAUCGGAUUGUCGUUUACAAAGAACUAAACGGAAAAAUAUAAUAAAUUAUUUUAACAGCAGCAGCGAAGAUGAGACUGAAAAAUUGCGCAAAGAGAUAAAAGAUGAUUCGUCGUUAGUAACUCGAUCAUAA